CACACGUCAAUACGCCUACACCGAGGUCUGCUUCACAUCAGCACUUGAGCAGCUGCAGAUUAGCCUGGUUGGAGCAUUGGCAUCAUCUGGCAUUCCUCUCUUCACCAGCAAGUGUGUGUGUCUGCUGUAGGUGAGGAGAGCUUCUGUGUGGGUGUGUGCAUGACACACUCUUUUUUUUUUUUUUUUUUUGCUUGGGAUUCCUCCUGCCCCAUAAGGCUUUGCAGCAAGUGGAUGUGCUGAUGUAGGAAGAAUGGAUGCACCACUGCUCACACACGUACACACACAGUCAGAGCUCAGCCGUGGGGCCGAAUGAAGAAAUCAGCAUCCACACAUUUGAGGAUCGAAGAUACAACAAUGUGACUGAGGGAUUGGUUCAGAUGUAGCUGCUGUAACACCAUCCAAUAAUGCUGAGCCCUGUUCUCCGUUCUGAGCUCUCGGCCUUGGAGCCGGAGUACACAGAGGCUGAUGUCAUCUCUACGGUGGAGUUCAGCCAAUCAGGAGAGUUCCUGGCCACAGGGGACAAGGGUGGCAGAGUGGUCAUCUUUCAAAGAGAACCUCAGGGGGAAUAUAAUGUGUACAGCACAUUUCAGAGCCACGAGCCUGAGUUCGACUGCCUGAAGAGCUUAGAGAUAGAGGAGAAAAUCAAUAAGAUCCGUUGGUUACCUCAAAUCAAUUCCACCCACUUCCUCCUGACCACCAAUGAUAAGACCAUUAAGCUGUGGAAGGUAAGUGAGAGAGACAAGAGGCCUGAAGGUUACAACCUGAAAGACGAGGAGGGCCGGAUGAAGGACAUUUCCAGAAUCACAUCUCUUCAGGUCCCUGUGUUACGGCCGAUGGAUUUGCUGGUGGAAGCGUCUCCGCGGCGUGUGUUUGCUAAUGCUCAUGCCUAUCACAUCAACUCUAUCAGCAUUAACAGUGACUGUGAGACUUACCUGUCAGCUGAUGACUUGAGGAUCAACCUGUGGAAUCUGAAUAUCACUGAUCGCAGCUUCAACAUUGUGGACCUGAAGCCGGAAAACAUGGAGGACCUGAGCGAGGUGAUCACCGUGGCUGAGUUUCACCCUCAUCACUGCCACUUGCUGGCCUUCAGUAGCAGUGCAGGUGCUACACGCCUGUGUGAUAUGAGAUCUCGCGCAUUGUGUGACCGACCUGCUAAACUAUUUGAGGAGUCAGUGGACCCAGCCCAUCGAUCCUUCUUCUCUGAGAUCACUUCCUCUGUAUCUGAUGUAAAGUUCAGUCACAGCGGACGCUACCUGCUCACCCGAGACUACCUCACUGCUAAAGUCUGGGACCUCAACAUGGAGAACAAACCAGUGGAGAUAUAUCAGGUCCAGGAUUAUUUGCGCUCUAAACUAUGUGCCCUUUAUGAGAGCGACUGCAUCUUUGAUAAGUUUGAAUGUGCCUGGAAUGGAACUGACAGUGUCAUUAUGACAGGGGCGUAUAAUAAUUUCUUCCGGAUGUUUGACCGAGCGAGUCGGCGUGAUGUGACUCUGGAGGCGAGUCGGGAGGUGUGUAAGCGGCGCGCUGUGCUCCGGCCUCGCCGUGUGUGUGUGGGGAAGAAGAGGAGGGAGAAUGAUAUCAGCGUGGACAGCCUGGACUUCAGGAAGAAGAUCCUGCACACGGCGUGGCAUCCCACGGACAACAUCAUCGCCAUCGCUGCCAGCAACAACCUGUUCAUCUUUCAGGACAGACAUGGCACCGGACACCACGGGGGCCAUCAUUUAGAGCAAGACAAGCCUCUGCAGUUACAGGAUACAACUCGUCAGUGAAAUGACCCUUUGCCUAGAAGGCAACAGCUUUUUUUUUUUUUUACUUUAGCAGGACAUACCAAGUGAAAAUUUAUAAUAUUUAGAGCACGUUUUCAGUAUAAACACAAAAGCCUAAUAAUAAUUUAAUGCUGGAUAUUAUAACCACGAUUAUGAUUGGGACUGUAUUUCAGCACUCCUGCAUGAAAUGUAACACAAGGAGACUGAGGUGAAGCAGGAAAUAUAUUUGCCUGUCAGUGUCUAAAUCACUACUGCAUGUUUACACUAUUAUCCUUAAUUAAUGGGCUUCAUUAACUGACAGUUAUAAUGGCAAUGAUGAAUGCAAACAAAUUGGACCCUUUAUUUAUUGAAUUUAUGAACUGUAUCCGCCGUCUGGUGGCUCUUCUCAGGUUUCAUGUUUCUUGACUGGAGACAGGCGACAGUAGACGUCCUCUUCCUCAUAUAAGAUAUCGAAACUGAAGCAGUACAAUCAUGUGAAUGUCUGAACGAGGAGCAGUGUUUCUAAGGAACAUCAUGAAAACUGGA